AAGGGACACAUGAUUAGUUUGCCCGGUGCGCCGGGACAGCAGUGAAAACUGUGUUACCUGGCACACGCGGGAUGAGCGACCAUAAAUCAAGUGCACCUAUAGCCCACACAGUAUUUCGUCGAUAUUUUUUUAAUGGUAAUUUAAGUCAACAUGAUUAGGCAACUUCUCAGUUCAAGUCAAAUUCAGACAGUUUAGUCUAUAAAGACUAGAGUUGGCAAAAAAAUGAAACAGGCUUUUGAAAUGUAGGAUAUUUCAUACAGAGCAGUUCAAAGAGUCAAAGGAAUCCAAUACUUUGGCAUGACAUGAUUUUAUGCUAAUUACCUGCACCGCGGGUAGUAGCAGCCAACCAGAGAGCAGCAUGCAAAUGUUAAAGACAGGUGCGACAGGGAUAUAAGGAAACCAAAAUAUUUUUAGAGAUGAAGCCUACCUGUCACUGACAUGCGCGUUAACCUAAAGACAAGGACUUAACAGAUACAAAAAAAGUGUCUCAUUAAUCUUAUCAGACCUUUAUGGUAUUUGAACAACACUUUGAGAUAUUGUUUUCAGAGUGGAGCUUGUAUCUGAAGAGUUUAUCAUUUUAAUAUGCGGCAAUAUUGAAUUAUUGGAAUCAUUUCUAGAAUAAAUUGUUCUUCGGUUGCCUACAUUCUUCUGUGAUAGUGAGAUAGAGAACUACAAUCCUGUCUAUCUAUACUAUAGACGUUUGUAGAGAUACAUAUAGUAUGGAUGUAGAUCUAGUACAUUUGGAGUCCAGUCUAUGGGUUGGUAAGAAACGUUACCGGGCAGCCCUUACCGACUGGCACCUCAACUGGACUGAGCUCGAUAAGAAGAACCGUGAUAAGACCGUUUCAGUACCAGUGUCGGAGGUUGUUGCUGUGGAGGGGCAUGUGGAGGUUCUGCCCCAGAGGUCAGUUUCUGAAGACACAGACAGAGACUUCACAGUGUUCUAUGUGAAGCGUAGCAGCAGCGGUAGUUCCUAUGGGUUGCUAUGGCGCCUGGGCAGGACCCAGUUCAGCUGUCCCAGCAGAGACGUCAGAGACCAGUGGAUGACCCAGCUGAGGAUUGCCCUCAAAACACACAGCCCCUCUCGUCCUCACAGGUUGUUGGUGUUCAUCAACCCGUUCGGAGGAAAGAAACAAGGGAGGCAGAUCUAUCACUCUCUAGUGGCCCCACUGUUUGAGCUGGCUGGGGUCAGCUCUCAUGUUGUAGUGACAGAGCGGGCCAACCAGGCGAGAGACCACAUACUGAAGAAAGACCUGACUGGUUUCGAUGGUGUGGUAUGUGUGGGCGGGGAUGGAAUGUUCAGUGAGCUGCUGCACGGUGUGAUUGGCCGAACACAGCAGGAGGCGGGGCUAUCGGAGCAUGACCCCUCCCUACAGUCAUGUGACCUUCACAUUGGCAUCAUUCCUGCAGGCUCCACAGACUGCGUGUGUUUUGCCACUGUGGGAGUCAACGACCCAGUGACCUCUGCUCUGCACAUUAUCAUUGGAGACUCUCAGCCUCUGGACGUGUGUUCUGUCCACCACCACUCGUCUCUGGUGCGUUACUCUGUGUCUCUGGUAGGAUACGGGUUCUAUGGAGACGUGCUGGUGGAAAGUGAGAGACAUCGCUGGAUGGGGCCUCUCAGAUAUGACUAUUCAGGUGCUAUGGUGUACCUGAGUAACAGGAGCUAUGCAGGCCUAGUUCAGUACCUACCAGCAGACCCCCAGCUCUCCAACCCCAGGGACAACACACGCUGCCUCUCUGGGUGCAGUGUGUGUUCUAAGAGCACAGAGAGACUGUUCCCCCACUCUCCAGAUGCUAGUUCCAACUACAUCUCCCACUUCAGCAGCGACUCAGAGGGUGAUUGGGUGAGUGUAGACGGCCGGUUCAAGGCUGUGUCCCUCACCUGUAUGUCCAGCUCCUGUCCUCGCAGUCCCCUGGGGCUGUCCCCCUCAGCACACCUGGCCGAUGGGACAGGUGACCUCAUCAUUGUACGGGACACACACCCCCUAGGGUUCCUCACCUUCCUACACAGACACACCAGCACACAGGACCAGUUUGACCUACCCUUCGUGGAUGUCCACCGUGUGAAGGCAGUACGUUUCUCUCUCCCACCCGGAGAAAAGGGGGCUGAGGAUAAAGAGAGGGAGACAGUAAAUGGUGGAGGGAUGGCGGGAGAGGGAGAGAGAACUAGCCAGAGCGGUUCCCAACAUCACCUGGUAGAAAGAGGAGAGGAGCGAGGGAUGGCGAAUGACAGGAAGAAAGACUUGUGUGGCCUGUGCUGCAGUAAGCCUCCUUCAGUGUCUGUGUGGAACUGUGACGGAGAAAUACUUCCUCACACUGAGAUCCUCUGCAGGGUUCAUGGUCAGCUGGUGCGUUUGUAUGCCCGGGGCAUGGAGGACGGAUCAGCCACGCCCACCAGGAAGUGAACUGUGUUAGAGUCCGUUCACACUACUGACUGAGGGAGGCCGUGGUAGGGUCCGUUCAUACUACUGACUAAGGGUGUCCGUGGUAGGGUCCGUUCACACUACUGACUGAGGGUGGCCGUGGUAGGGUCCGUUCACACUACUGACUGAGGGAGGCCGUGGUAGGGUCCGUUCACACUACUGACUGACAGAGGCCGUGGGUUCACACUACUGACUGAGGGUGGCCGUGGUAGGGUCCCGUUCACACUACUGACUGAGGGAGGCCGUGGUAGGAUCCGUUCACACUACUAACUGAGGGUGGCCGUGGUAGGAUCCGUUCACACUACUGACUGAGGGUGGCCGUGGUAGGAUUCGUUCACACUACUGACUGAGGGAGGCCGUGGGUUCACACUACUGACUGAGGGUGGCCGUGGUAGGGUCCGUUCACACUACUGACUGAGGGAGGCCGUGGUAGGAUCCGUUCACACUACUGACUGAGGGUGGCCGUGGUAGGGUCCGUUCACACUACUGACUGACGGAGGCCGUGGGUUCACACUACUGACUGGGGGUGGCCGUGGUAGGGUCCGUUCACACUACUGACUGAGGGAGGCCGUGGUAGGGUCCGUUCACACUACUGACUGAGGGAGGCCGUGGUAGGAUCCGUUCACACUACUGACUGAGGGUGGCCGUGGUAGGGUCCGUUCACACUACUGACUGACGGAGGCCGUGGGUUCACACUACUGACUGGGGGUGGCCGUGGUAGGGUCCGUUCACACUACUGACUGAGGGUGGCCGUGGUAGGAUCCGUUCACACUACUGACUGAGGGAGGCCGUGGUAGGAUCCGUUCACACUACUGACUGAAGGUGGCCGUGGUAGGAUCCGUUCACACUACUGACUGAGGGUGGCCGUGGUAGGGUCCGUUCACACUACUGACUGACGGAGGCCGUGGUAGGAUCCGUUCACACUACUGACUGAAGGUGGCCGUGGUAGGAUCCGUUCACACUACUGACUGAGGGAGGCCGUGGUAGGAUCCGUUCACACUACUGACUGAAGGUGGCCGUGGUAGGAUCCGUUCACACUACUGACUGAGGGUGGCCGUGGUAGGGUCCGUUCACACUACUGACUGACGGAGGCCGUGGGUUCACACUACUGACUGGGGGUGGCCGUGGUAGGGUCCGUUCACACUACUGACUGAGGGUGGCCAUGGUAGGAUCCGUUCACACUACUGACUGACGGAGGCCGUGGGUUCACACUACUGACUGAGGGUGGCCGUGGUAGGGUCCGUUCACACUACUGACUAAGGGAGGCCGUGGUAGGUUCCGUUCACACUACUGACUGAGGGUGGCCGUGGUAGGAUCCGUUCACACUACUGACUGAGGGAGGCCAGAAAAUGCCAGAAAAUAAAACAUGAUUCUAAUCAAUUCUGCCAGCUAGGACCAAUGAAAUGGCUCUCUCUCUGGUGUAGUUUUUUUAUAGAGUGAACGGAGCCUUACUGUGAUACUGAGAUGUAUCACAACUGAAGAAGGCUGUAUUACUGUACGAACCUCAUGUCGGCUCAAUGACAACCUAUCAGUUAGUGGGAUGUCUGUGGAAAUACUUAUUUUUCUGACCUGUGACUAUCAACAGAAUAACCAACAGAGCCUUACAUUUUACAUACCUCAUUUAAUGGCUACUGUAACUAACACUAGGGUCAUCAUACAAGUUAGUGGGACAAUGGUCAUGAAUGAUGUCUGACUUUGGAAGUAGGUGUGACUGAACGUAACAAUACCCAAAAGAGCCUUCCAUUUCACUUCAUCUGCUUUCUCUCUUAACCAAAUCAUUCCUGAAUAUUUUGACAAGUCUUUAGAUGGAUGUUUGAGGUAAUUCAAGGAAUGUACACUGAGUGUUCAAAACAUUAAGAACACCUGCACUUUUCAUGACAGGUGAAUCCAGGUGAAAGAUAUGAUCCCUUAUUGAUGUCACUUGUUAAAUCCACUUAAAAUCAGUGUAGGUGAAGGUUAGGUUAAAGAAGGAAUUUUAAGCAUUGAGACAAAUGAGACAUGGAUUGUGUGUGUGCCAUUCACAGGGUGAAUGGGCAAGACAAAAUAUGUAAGUGCCUUUGAACAGGGUAUGGUAGUAGGUCCUAGUUUGUGUCAAGAACGGCACCGCUGCUGAGUUUUUCACGCAGUUUCCCGAGUGUAUAAACAAUGGUCCACCACCCAAAGGACAUCCAGCCAACUUGACACAACUGUGGGAAGCAUUGGAGUCAACAUGGGCCAGAAUCCCUGUGGAACACUUUAGCCAGCUUGUAGAGUCCAUGCCCUGACCAAUUCAGGCUGUUCUGAGGGA